AUGGCGCAGGCAGAUGUGGAAUAUGAAUCAGAUGGCAGUGGAAGUAAAGCGAAGGAUCGUUUUCUGAAGCCACUUGUAGCAGACUACGAGGAACUGCUGGGUCGUUUCCAACAGACGGAAUCUGUGCGGUUUGAGGAAUUUACUGCUGUUUGGAGAAACAUGGGCUUCUCAAGUGUAUUUUACGGUUCACUUGCUGGUAAUGAGAUGAGGGAAUUCUGCCACCUAACCCUGACCAUGGCCUUCAACUACUUCUUGCCCCCAUAUAGCUUCCAGAUCAGAGUGGGGGGUCUGUACCUUCUCUAUGGCCUAUACCACACACAGCUCGCUUCACCUAAAGAGAAGAUCAGGAUUGCACUGAAGGACUGGGAGCAAAUUCAGAAGUUUUACCAGGAUUCGGUGAAUUCGCAGCACUAUGAUGCAGUUUACAUUAUCAGGAAGCUAAUAGCUGAGAAUGCUGUCCUUUACACCGCCAUGCCUCAAAUGUUGACCUUCCGUGUGAAGAAGAAGUCCCAGCAUCACAAGGUGUGCGAGGAGUUCCGUGACCGACCGGAAAGGGUCAAAGACCUCAUCUCUACAGAUAUGCUACUAGAGGUGGCUAACAUUCAGGGUCACUAUGAGCGCCUGAAGGCAUCCGUCUUAGAGAGGUCAUCCAUUGCGGUGACCAAACAGGACCUGCUGGCCCGCUUGCACAGCUGUGUGCUUGAGUUCCUCCACUGGCAGGACAGGCAUGAGAACCGUGGAGAUGCAGACCACUUGGUUUAUGCUGAGGAAAAAGCCCAGCAGGUCGAGUCUUCCAAUAGGGCACAGCUUCUGGCAUCCAUCAAGACAAAAUCAUACGGGUGUCUUGCAGAGGCCUCGAAGUCACGGCGGCAUCGCCAGGUGCAGAUGGACACAUCCAUUUCUGGAACAGGCUACAUUAAAGAGGCUCCCAAAUAUCACAAAAGUAGGGCUCCAUCACUCAGGGCCCGAACCUACAAGAAACUCUGUGGGGAAGGUCAGUGUACCUCUUGUUUGAUGAGAACUCAAUGUUUUGUGGGAUGCAACAGAGCCGCGCCCCCUGUCACUCUACAAGGUGGUUGA